GGUGCGGCCGCGGCUCCGCCCCGGCCCGGAGCAGCCAUGGCGGGGCUGGAGCCGCUCUACGCCUGGGCCAGGGCCGCCAUCUCCCGCCCGCAGGACGCGCUGGUCUGCGGCGUGCACUGGGAGCUGGUCCGACACGGCUACCGCUGCCUGGGCACCGGCGACCAGCCAGGUCCUGAUGAAAGGAAGUCGGAGCUGCUGCCUGCUGGCUGGGAAGCCAACAAGGAGGUGUAUACACUGCGCUACCAGUCCACAGAUGAUGCCCGUGAGCUGCUGCUGAAGGCCAUCAUGGUGGAGGACAGCAUGAUCCUCAAUGUCAUGGAUCGUGGCUCUCAGAAGGUGGCAGAUGUGACCUUGGCAGUGGCCGACUACAUCAACCCAGAGCACCUGGAUGAUUUCCACAAGGUGUACAAGAACACCGAGGAGCUGAGGACGAGGAUCGCUUCAGGCAUCCUCGCUCCCCUGGGGGCCCCCGCAGAAAAGGCCAAAAAGGAACCUGAGUCCAAAAAGGAUUUGCAGCGGGAUGACGACCCCCUCCGGAUCCCUCCCCGGCAGCCAGCGGGCACAAGGGCCCCAUCCUGGCCUUCCUCCGUGAACCCCUUUGCUGUUGGUGGGGGAGACCUGGACCCUCUCGGAGGUCGGAGUGGGGGAAUGAUCGUGGAUCCUCUCCGAUCUGGCUUCCGGCAGCCCGGCAUUGACCCAUCAUCAGGCAUCCCAGGCCGGCUUCCCCCAGGAGCUGUUCCACCAGGCGCCAGAUUCGACCCCUUUAGCCCCUUAGGAGCUGGGCGACCCGGGCCCGAUCCCGACCACCUUCCCCCUCCAGGCUACGAUGACAUGUUCAUGUGAGGAGUCACCGAGUGGCUGAGUCUCCUGGGAAGCAGGUGUGCUUCCCCUCUUCGCUCCACAUCAGUGGAUUUAGAUCUUUCCAGCAGCGUUUCUCUCCGUUUGGGGUCGCAUUCCUGUGUGUUCCAUCUGCUAUAAAGGCUUCCCUGUUUGCAGAACAGAAGAGGAGGCAGUAGGUCCAUUUCUUUUCCCUGCUCCUCUGAGGGUGCCGGGCCAUUUGCACCCCAAGAGGUGGCAUCGUGGGGUGUGGUGCUCUGGGAGCAGCCUGGGUGCUGUGGGAUUUCUCCUCCCUGCUUCUCCAGGGUGGCAGAGCUUGCUGCUGGGGUCCCACAAAGCAGUGGGUGCGAGGAGAGAGCUGGCUCCUUGCUGCUCCUCUGCCAGGCAGCCACAGCAGCCUCGCUGAAGGGGACAGCUGAAGUGGGCUCCCCACACAGAGGGAGUUUCUCUCUCGCUCUGUAUCUGAGCAAGGCGCUGAUUGAAGGGCUGGAAAGCCCAACCCACGGGGUCUCCAGGGGUAGACCCCCAACAGCGACUGGGAUCAGCUUCUACAGGGCUGUGCCUGCUGGCGUGGAAAAGCACUACCAGCAAAGCAUUUGAUGUGCACGAGAAGAGACGUAGAUUGAAUUCCUGGCCCUCCGUGCCCCCUCUCUUCCCUGCAGCCGUGGUUUUUCAUUCCUGGGGUGUCCGUGAAGCCCCACAGGCAGCGUGACGAGGGGUGCCCACCAAACACUGCAUGGGGCUGGGGUAGGAGAGAGGGAGCUUUGCAAAAGAGGUUUAUAGAACACAUUUUGCUACUGUCAGCCUUGUUGUGUGUGGCUUUGCCUGUCUGGCUUUGGGAGAAUGGGCGAGAUCUGCGUGCCUCAGGCUCCUGAGCUCUCUCUGGAAACCUCCUCCCUUCCCCACAGAUGCCCCAGCUCAGCUGAUUUUGGGGCUGCAGCUCAUCUUUCUUGUUAGGGGCUCACACUGUUUUACUUCUCGUGGUUGAUCUCUUGGAAGGAUGUUCAUGAGACCGAAAUAAAAACAUGAUACCAGU